UUAUGAAUUAAUUUGUUUUCCUGAAUUUUGAUAGUUUAAUUGAAGUUAUUCUUUUGGUUAAAAAAGAAACUAAACCUUGCUGCCAUCGAGUUGCCUGGUUUUAGGUCUCGUCACUUAGGUUACUUUCUAUCAUAAAAUGGGAACUGCAGUCUGCAGGGGUUUGAUUUCCAUAUAGGCCACCUCACUAUGAAAAAUAUUGCCCAUUUUUUUUAAAACUAGCUGAGCCUAAUAGCUCUAAUAAGGUUACAGAUUUCUUCUUUCACAACAUUGAAAGAAAAUGGACUCAAGAACUACGAUUCUGAAGUAUACGCUCAAUAGGUGCAAUGACCAUUCAUGAAUUUUAGUAUUUGUUUACUGAAUGACUUAUGUUAUAUAUAAUUUUUUGGGGAAAAAACUCCAGUAAUAUUAAUUCUAAAAGUUGGAUUAUAGUCUAAAAUGUUUGUUAAGCAUUUAACUUUUAGUACCUAUAUACUUGUCAUGACAUUAGUGCUUCGGUUAGGCUUAACCAUAAUGAGUUCAAAUUCUAUAAUCAUUCCUUUGUUUGAGAAAAUGUUGAGUGCUAUUGAUGCUGGGCGAAUUGGACGUUUAGUGCUGCCAAAAAAAUGUGCAGAGGAAAUUGAUGCUUGUUCAAAUUUAAGGGAAAGAUGCCUACUUUUACCAGCAAAAUCUGCUCUUGUCAACCUUUAUGCUAAUGAAGCUAGAGUGAUAUCCCAGCAAAGUUUGGCUAGCUACAAGAAAAUCCUCAUAUUGAUAAGUGUUUCACUUGCCUUUGUCAUUCACGAAUCAUCAAAUCCUUCUAUUGGUAAGUGGGUGUCACCCACUCCAUGUAUUUAAUUGUCA